GCAGUGCUGCGCUGCCGUUCCGGCUGGCGGAUAUGGGGUUAGCGUGAGCGCUCGGGUGGGUCCGUGAUGAGCCUCAAUCGGGGAAGAGCUGCUGCUUUCUCCAGGUCCGGGUUGAGGCCUACUAGUUAAAAGACCCCCCCUCCCCUCAAGUUCCUGUCCUCUUACUCCUCUCCUGAACCUCAUCGCAAUGGCCGAGACUCCACCGCAGCCUGGUCAGCCCCAGCAGAAGCCGAGCUCGGGAAGCGGACCGCUGCCGGUGCUCGUGCCGGGGCUCCAGGGGACGGAGGCCAGCGUGCUGCAGCACAAGAUCAAGAACUCGAUCUGCAAAUCCGUACAAUCAAAAGUGGACAACAUAUUGCAAGAAGUCGAGAAGUUUACAGACAUUGAAAAACUCUACCUCUACCUUAGGUUGCCUUCUGGUCCCAGCAAUGGCAAUGACAAAAGUAGGAUUGAGAGUCAGAGGGGGUGCUUCAGUCCAGGACCCCUUUCAUGCGAUCAGAGCUCCAUGUCAUCCAGCCGCACGCAACAGAUUCAUGCGUUUAACUGGAUCCGAAAUCACUUAGAGGAGCACCCAGAGACAUCUCUUCCCAAGCAGGAGGUCUACGAUGAGUACAAGAGCUAUUGUGACAAUCUUGGUUACCAUCCGCUGAGUGCUGCCGACUUUGGGAAGAUCAUGAAGAAUGUCUUUCCCAACAUGAAGGCACGUCGACUUGGCAUGAGAGGCAAAUCAAAGUACUGCUAUAGUGGACUGAGGAAAAAGGCCUUUGUCCACAUGCCAUCUCUGCCCAACCUGGACUUACAUAAAACAGGCGAUGGUUGUGAGGUGCUUGAGCCGUCGGGACCGCUGGCCAGCGCAGAGGGGGAGGUGCGCUCAGCAGCCUGCGGCCUCGUCUGCGAGUGGGCCCAGAAAGUUCUAAGCCGCCAGUUUGACUGCGUAGAAGACCUGGCCCGGUUCCUCCUCAACAGCCACUACAUUGGCACCAAGUCCGUAGCGGCGCUGACGGUGAUGACUGGACCUGCUGGAGGAAGAAAGACGCCGACGCAGGCAUCUGCCUUUGUGCCCACGGCUGAAGCCAACUCCUUCCAGCCGCAGGUGAAGACCCUGGCUUCUCCUUCUGUUGAUGCCAAGCAGCAGCUGCAGCGCAAGAUCCAGAAGAAGCAGCAGGAGCAGAAGUUGCACUCACCACUGCCGGGUGAGGGCCAGGCCAGGAGGGCAGAUGGAGGUACACCUGGCGUGGGGUCCACCAUCCCCUGUAGAAGCCCCGCCUUACUGUCCCCACAGCCCACUAUUGGGAUCGUGGUGGCUGCCGUCCCCAGCCCCAUCACGGUACAGAGGGGCAGGCAGCCAAUGACUUCCCCCAGUCCUGUUGGCACCCCAGAAGGCAAAGUCUUACCGGUAAACUUCCAAGUGGUGACUCAGUCUGUGCAGCCAGUGAAGCAGUGUCCGAAGACCCCGCAGAACGUCCCUGCCAGCCCCGUGGGUGACCGCUCAGCCCGGCACCGCUACGCCCAGAUCCUGCCAAAACCUUCAGCUACCAGUGCCAUCACGCUGCGCUCACCGCCUACUCUGCUCAUCACUAACAGCCCUAUCAAGACUGUGAUGCCCACACCACAUGUGAGUUCCGUGAAUGUGGUAAAGAUGACGGCAAUCUCCCUGGCACCCAAUGGCAGUGGGAGCAGUAGUGGGAAUAGCAGCAGCACUGCUACCCUCAGACCAGCCUCUGCUGGAGUGAGCAGCACCAGUUUUGCAGAUGAGCCCAGGCCCAGUCCACAGGUGAGGAGUGGCUCUGCUGCUGCCUCUCUGCAGUCCCCUGUUCCUCGUCAAAGUCGUGCAACUUUGACCCCAACAGUUGACGUGAAGAUGGAGCCUGAAGCCUUAGCUGAAGACACCCAGGCUCUCUGUGUUGACCGCCUGCCUGCGUCUCAGGAAGUUGAUGAUAGGCACAAAGGUGAUGGAGGUGCGAAGCCCGGGGCUUCCAGUGAACCUAUGCCUCCUGCAAAGGGGUCCCAGGCACUCCGUGGAAAGUCCCCUUCCAGUGCCAGCACUGUGGCAGCAUCAUCUGGCAGCAAUAAUGACAACAGUGAAAGCACUUUGUAUUUAACUGUCACAAAUCAGAGCACCAGCGUCAAUCUGUCCUCCAACGGUCACACUCUGGCUGUCGCAUCACCACCAAAGGAGGGCAACCUGGGCUCCAAAAGCCCCAGAAAACGCGUGAGCAUUGGCCCUGAGACACAUGCAGGUCCUGUCAAGAAGGUGUUCGUUUCCCAACAGCCGCUUGGAGAUUCUGAUGGUCCUAAGGCGAUUAUCAGCAGUGCUUUGAAGAAAACCCCAAGGGUGGGUACUCCAGCCAGACCUGAAAGUGCACCAGCAACCAUACCUGGCAAAGUAACUGUGAAACUGAACUCCACAGUCCCAACUCGAAUUCUUGCGCUCUCCGAUUCACCCAUCACAAACACAAGUGGCUUCCAGACAGUCAUAAAACCUCAGGCCACUGCUCCUAGCAAAAACGAAGACUCUGCUGCUCUGGACACCAGCAGCCUGCUUCCUGGUAGUUCUACCCCAAGUGAGACUCCAAUGCAGCAUAUUGGAAGCAACCUGCAGGCUGCCUCAGCAAGCUCGGGGAUGCUGGACACCUCCACUACAAAUGAUUUCAAGAGCUCCAUGUGGGAAGAAGGACAACUUGACAGCGUGCAGCAGCAGGCUUAUGUGCAGCAGCAGUUACCAGAUGACAAGCAGGUUGUUACACCAGCAAUGGACCAGAUGCCUAUUAUGGCCUCUGCCUCCAAUCAGCUAGCUCUUCAUCCAGACAUUGUUGACUUUCCAGGAGGUCAGUCUAGUGUGGAUUACUUCCCAUUCAAUGAUGAUGACAUGACCCAGGACAGCAUUGUAGAAGAGCUGGUGCAGAUGGAGGAACAGAUGAAACUGAACAGUGGGCUUCAACCUUAUGGCAGCUGUGUCGAUGCAACGUUGCAGGGUCCAACAACAGUAAUGCCUGGGGCCAUUCUAUCUUCUCACCAGGUGGGCACCCCCUUCUACCAUUCAGCUCACAGCAGCAGUACUCCCAUCCACACUCCAACACCAACCCCUACUCCAACACCAACCCCUACUCCUACAUCUGAGAUGAUGGGAGGAGGUCAAGGCUUGAUGCGGGAGAGCCCUUGCUCCAGGAUGGCACCCACCACCCCUGUAGACAGUGCUCUGGGGAGCAGCCGUCACACCCCUAUUGGUACUCCACACUCCAACUGCAGCAGCAGUGUCCCCCCGAGUCCAGUGGAGUGCAGGAAUCCAUUUGCUUUCACGCCCAUAAAUUCCAGCAUGACAGGAUAUCACGAUGCAAGCAUAGUCUCCAGCAGUCCUGUUAAGCCCAUGCAGAGGCCCAUGGCUACUCAUCCCGACAAGGCCAAGCUGGAGUGGAUGAGCAAUGGUUACAACACCAGUGGAGGAUCCUCUUCUGCUUCCAGCAGUAUUAGCAUUCUGCCCAGCUACCAGGACCUGGUGGAUGACCACUUCCGAAAGCCACAUGCCUUUGCCAUUCCUGGGCAGGCCUACCAGUCCCAGUCACGACAUAAUGACGCCCACUUUGGCCGCCUGACACCCAUCUCACCAGUCCAGCAGCAAGUCGCCAGCAUGACAAGUCUGAACAAGCAGGAAGGCUUUGCAGUUCCAGCUCCAUUGGACAACAAGGUGACAACAAGCUCAUCUGGGUCAAGCUCUUUCCGUUGUCGCAGUGUCAGUCCAGCUGUGCGGCAGCGAAAUCUGAGCGGUAACACAGCCUUCCCCAGCAUUUCCAGGUCCAGCGUCUCCUCCUUCAGCUCCCCUGUGACACCUGAAGUGCUGAGCAUCCUUGCUAAUAACCAGCCAGACGUUAGCACCAGUAGCAUGGCUCAGAGGAGCCAGUCGGUUCCGCUCAAUGUGAUGAUGCAGACUGAGGUUCUUCCAGCACAGAAGCCAAGCAACAGCCAGAACAUUACCAGCGUGCUGCUGAGCAAGAUGGAUCCAGAUGGUGAUGACGCUGUACGAGGCCUUGGCGUGAACAACAUGCCUUCCAACUACACUGCCCGCAUGAACCUCACCCAGAUUCUGGAGGGUGAUCCCGGCUUUACUGGUGGGGCUGACCCCCAGGCCCUGAUUAGCCCCGGCCCUUCCACAUACGAGUUCCAGAAGCCAGGUUACCUCAUGAGCAACACCGGGAAUGAACAGAUGAGCCUCUCUUCUGUGGAAGGCCAAGCACAACCAGGAUCUGUAGAGCAGCAGCCAGAAUCUGAGCAGCAGCAGCUUCAAGAUCAGCAAGAGCAAAGCCAGUCCCAGCUGCUGGCUCAAGACAUGCAGCAGCAACAGCAUAUUGAUUUCAGCAACACUGUCAAAGACCUCUUGGGGGAAGAUGGCUUGGACCCAAGUUCUCAGCUGGUGGGCCAGGUGGCUUCAGAGCUGAAUGCCGUAGCGUCUGAUUUUUCCAUAACCUCCGAGCUCUCUGGUAGCAUAAACGAUUUGAACACUUUGGACACAAACCUGCUGUUUGACCCUAACAGACAACAGGGGCAGUAUGAAGAUUCUACACUGGAAGAACUGAAGAAUGACCCGCUUUUCCAGCAGAUCUGUAAUGAGACUGUGAACUCCGCUGGCUUUGACUGGCUGGAGAGUAAAGACCAACCCACAGUUGAAAUGUUGGGUUGAUGGAUUUGUUUUGCACUUUUUUAUUUUAUUGGAUGUCUUUUUCUGUUUGUACGCUUUUUUAAGAACCAUCUCUGUAAUGAUUUGCAUAAAGGUUCUAUAGCACACUGCAACAGGAACCUGGACACACUGACAUUUGUCCAGUAAGAAGUGCCAACCUGAACAGACGCGAUGGGUCGUUCUGUUUGGGUUUUUGUUUGUUUUUCUAAACAUAUGCUGCAUCAAGGUGCAUUGCUGGUGCUGUUAUAUUCCCUGUCUGCCCUAACCCUGAUAUCAAAAAAAAUCUUCAUGUGAUCAAGGUCAAUUCAGUUGGACAAAAAGAUUGAGUACAGAUGCUCCUCGAUUAAUGAUGGGGUUACGUUCCGACAAACCUAUUGUAAGUGAA